CCUGAGUAGCCGAAUGACCUUGGGCAAGCUACUUAACCUCUCUAUCACUUCAGUCCUUUGAUCUGUAAAAUGGCCACCCUAGUAGAAACCACCUCUUGGAGUUGUGAAGAUUUAAUGAGAUGAUACAGGUGAGCAACUGACUGAUUUCGGGCACGCGUCACCUGACCUCUCUGGGCCUCAGUUUCCUCCCCUGUAAGAUGGGACUGGUGUUGGCACAAAAGUUGGGAUGAAGAUGGUGUAAGGAGCUUGCAGAGCGCAUGCUCCAGAGCCGUAGUGAUGACCGUGGUAACGAGCAUCCCAUACCCCGAUGUCUCCCCAGGCUCGUGGCUCUGCGGGGGGCAGGAGGAGGCACGACGCCGCCUCUCAGGAAGACCACGACAAACCUUACGUCUGUGACAUCUGUGGCAAGCGCUACAAGAACCGACCGGGGCUCAGCUACCACUAUGCUCACACCCACCUGGCCAGCGAGGAGGGGGAUGAAGCUCAAGACCAGGAGACUCGGUCCCCACCCAACCACAGAAAUGAGAACCACAGGCGUGAGUGCCUACUUGUUAGGUUGGGGCAGUGAAGAAGUGGGUUAGGCAGGCUGGGGAGCGUUCCUUGUUCCUUUUUCUCACUGCUGCGCUGGCAUCUUCUGGUAGCAAACUUUGAGUGGUCUCAAUGUGCUGUAGUGCAUUGGCCCUUUCAGCCAGCCAGUCAGCUGCCCCUGCAGCUCAGCCCAACAAUAGCAGGGCUGGGCUCACACACCCUGCUCUGCUCCCAGAGGAAGGAAGGUGUUAAGCAGAAGAGAAAGUCCUUACCUGGCCACUGUCAGAUGCCAGACCUACAACUCUUUUCCCUCAGCUCCUCAAGAGCCACUCAGACUGGGUUGGGCAUAGGUCAUGGGUGUAUCAGUUCAGACAGACAUUCGAAAUGCCUGCUUGGCCACUAAGAGCCUUAGAGUAUUCUUAUCUAUUGGUGUGGUUUUGUUGUAGAGGGGAGGGGAUCACAUUUUGGUACAGGGCUCUCCUACCUUAGAAACGCUGCCUGGAGACCCCAUGUUCUUUGCUUCAGCAUUCAAAUGGCAAAUGUGAUCUGGGUGGAUUUGUUGUUUGGGAUGUUGGGCUCUCCAGACCCAAAGUGAUCCUGAAGAUUUGUGUUUCCAUUUCUGUGCUUUCCUACCUCAACUUCCAAUUAUGAAUUAGGGAAUCCAAAAGGGCUUAGCAUUUUCCACUUGACUUUCCUCUACAAUAUCCCGUGUGGUCUCUGGGCCUGCAGAAAUCUCAACAUAGAAAUGGGAUAAUGGAAUCUUUAGAGCCUGCUCGAAGAUACGGGCCACACUGAGCUCUCUCAGUGAAGAAUAUUCAUGGACAGGCCAUGUGUAUUUAAUUUUGUUCAGAAGAUUUGGUGGUAGGGAUUCUGAAAGUGAACAACUCAAUGCAAGGAAAGGGAUCAGACCUUUAAAAGUACUCAGAAUCUAAGAUUAGAGGAUGCGUGUUAGCCAUCGACUUAGUCAACUGACGUCCACUGGCCACUUCCACCAAACAUUUGAAAUAAUGAACACACCUGUGGCCAAGGUCAUUCUUCGGAUUAGUGUGGGGUCUCCCUUAACCUCCA